AUGCCGGUGAAAGACUUCGGGGGCUCUGCGACGAAGCUCUUCAAAAUCUUCUGCAUUGCGUCCCGCCCGGUUUCCAAUGACCAGACCCACCCCUUUCAGGAAAAGAUCGACCCUUGGCCCGAAGAGGGGCUGGAGCACCUCGCUGUCGAAGCUCGCGAACCAUUUGACAAAGUCGCGUUCCGUAAGAAUGACCUUGGCAUCGGAGUACGCGUCGACGAGUUCCACCGCCCAGAAGCAGGACAGAUCUGUCACCGCAUCGUACACCCCAAAGAGCUCGUCCCAGUCUCGUCGAGUAAACACUUUGGGGCAGGAGACUGGCCCUUGAAAUUUACCUCCGGCCAGGUUGCGAUGGCAGCUUUCUCGAAGAAGGCCUAG